UUAGAAUUCUGAUCAUCAGUGGCAGUGCUCACAUGUGUGACUCAAGAAAUGCUAUUAUUUUGUUAAUAUGAGUAAAAAUGACAUACCUGUCAUAAAAGUUGUCACACAUAACUAUAGAAAAUUAAAUUGCGAAAUUGUUAAUUUAUGAUUAACAUGUGUCCACAUACAAGUGCUUCAGUCUUAACGACAGAUGUGGACUUUACUUACUGAUAAUGUAAUGAUAUUGAAAAUUAACAGUUCUUCUCAACAAUAAAAAGAUAAUGGAAGAGAGCGCGAUGUUAUGGGUGCUCUCCCUUGUUAUGCUCGUUGGCUCCUGCCUGGCCGGAUCGUUACCAUUAGUCAUUAAUUUGUCAGAAGACAAAUUACAAUUAGUAUCCGUAUUAGGAGCAGGACUCCUUGUUGGCACUGCGUUAGCAGUGAUUAUACCUGAAGGUAUAAGAGCUUUAUUCACUGGUGGUAUCGAAAAUGAAAAGGGGUCACAUGAUGAUCUGCAUUCUUUAAUCGGAAUUAGUUUAGUACUCGGUUUUGUAUUUAUGCUUCUCAUUGAUCAGUGCUCAGCGAGAAGAAGCGGUGGGAAGCAAAAGAGUGUUACAGCAACUUUGGGUCUUGUGGUACACGCAGCGGUCGAUGGAGUUGCGUUAGGAGCUGCUGCUACUACAGCCCAGGCCGACGUUGAAGUGAUAGUUUUCUUGGCAAUAAUGUUACACAAGGCACCAGCUGCAUUUGGACUUGUAUCAUUUCUUCUUCACGAAGGUGUAGAUAGAAAGAGGAUAAGUAGGCAUUUAUUAAUUUUCUCCCUUGCCGCACCGUGUCUCGCUCUCGUGACAUAUUUUGGGAUUGGGAAGGAAGGUAAAGAAACUCUGAGUAAUGUCAAUGCGACCGGUUUGGCUAUGUUAUUUAGUGCUGGAACAUUCCUUUACGUAGCUACUGUGCACGUUCUGCCGGAAUUAAUGACAAGACACAGUAAUUACUCGCAUUUACCUAGCGUCGAGGGUACGGCGUUAUCUGCGACCGGGCUUAAGGUUAAAGAAAUAUUAUUUUUAGUAAUAGGAUCAUUUUUACCUGCAUUAAUUACAACUGGACACCAUCAUUGACUAAUAUAAGCAUCAUAUGUACGAAAAAAAGACUUUUAACGCAUCUGUAAUAUUUAUAUAACAAUUAUUCUGUAUCCUAAUUUGUAAAGUUCCAUUUGUAAAGUUCCAUUUUUAAAAGGUAUUUUAUAAUUAUUUCGAGAGUAAAGAAUAUUAUAAAGAAUUUAUAUGCCAGACGGGGAGAAUACGAGAAUCAUUAGUGGAUAUAUAUUAUUUAACAAGAUUGAAGUAUAUUUUUUUACGAAAUUUAUAAAGUAAGUGUAAUAUGUGUGAGUAUAUAUGCGAUAGCUCCUGUGCAAAAGAAGGAUCUGUUGAUAAAAUGUCCAGACGUUUCAGAAAUGUCAAUACAACACUUUAUAACUUGCACUGUCUUACGUUAAAUUGUACCAUAUGUGUAAUUACAGUCAUUGUGACAUUAUCAUAAUGAUACAUGACUUAGACGUAAGAACAAUUAGUACCAAGUACACGAGUUCCUUCAUGGCCUAUCUUGAAUAGAGUUUAUGUAACUUCUUUAUAUAGUUCUAGUUAACAGACUGCCCUGUUGAACUUAUAACUAAUCGCUAGUGUGUGUUAAUUAUGAAGUGUGCUAGAUAAAGGCAGACAUCAACCGUGUUAAGGAAUAUAUUCCUACUACUGAUUCUCUUCUGCAUUUACCUUACAGACAACCUAUGUUUGUAGUUGUCGCGCGCGCGCACACACGCACACGUAUGCGCACAUUAUAUAUUUUUAAUUAGUAAUUUUUUAAUUAACAUAAAUUGCGUACAUAUAAUUAUGAGAGAUAUCGUGAGACAUAUCAUGAGAUGUAUAUAUAUGAACAUCUAUGGAUCUGAAAAUAUGUCUAGUAUUAAAUAAAUUUUUAAAGGGGAUACGUUCGAAGUAACGAACAUGAACAGAGGGCCUUGUAACUCAAGUAUAUAAAGCAAUUGUAAAUGAA